AGGCUCGGGUUCGACUGUUGCGUGGCUGCUGCGUGGCGUACUGAGGUCUGUCCGGGUUAAGAAAAGACCUGAAGGUCCGGUUCGGGUUCUGAGCUUUUCCUGGUAGAAGUUUUCAACAGGAAGUCAAAGUUCACCGGAACUUUACAGAAAAGGAAACUUUUUUGUACCGUUAGAGAAACUUUGCUUUGCGAGGAUAAAAAAAGAUGGCAGACAACGAGGAGCAACUCGUUUCUUCCACCACCCUGUUUCCCGAGGGACACCACUACGAACCGGAACCGGACCUUGAGCCCAGGCAGGACCUCUUUAAUGUGGAUGAUAUUGUGGACUUGGUCGGCGGAGCUCAGGACGCCUUGGAGCGACACAUCCAGGAGUCCACACUAACUUCUACAGAACCAGAAGCUGAGCACGAGCCUACAGUCACAGACCGCACGAGCCCUGCUUCAUUUCCAGAGGAGGAGCCUGAGGUCGUGGCCCCCAAAGCCGAGCCGGAGAGCACACACAUCCUUCCAGAACCACAACCAGAACCUGCCCCUGAGAGCGACGCCCUCCCAGCUGCUGCAGCCCGGAAAGCAGCUCCAUCCCCCGCAGAGGCAGCGCAGCAGCCUCCGGUGCGACAGGAACCAGCGGCUUCGGCGUCGUAUGAACCUUCUUCUCUUAACGCUCAGCCUUGUCCUCUGAUGCAGUUCCCAACAGUGGUGGAUCUCCUGUACUGGCGUGACGUGAAGACGACAGGCGUGGUGUUCGGAGCCUCCUUGCUGCUGCUGCUCUCCCUGACGGUGUGCAGCAUCGUGAGCGUCAGUUCCUACAUCGGCCUGGCUCUGCUCUCCGUCACCAUCUGCUUCAGGAUAUACAAAGGAAUCCUGCAGGCCAUCCAGAAGUCUGAUGAAGGACACCCAUUCAAGCAGUACCUGGACCAGGAGGUGGCGCUGUCCGAGGACGUGGUCCACAAGUACAGUGACGUGGUUCUGGAGAAGCUCAACAAGAUCAUCGGUGAACUGAGGCGCCUGUUCCUGGUCGAGGACCUAGUCGAUUCCAUCAAGUUUGCCGUGCUCAUGUGGAUCCUGACCUACGUGGGUGCCCUCUUCAACGGCCUCACCAUCCUUAUUCUGGGUGUGGUUGGAGCGUUCAGCUGCCCCAUCAUCUACGAGAAACACCAGGCUCAGAUCGAUCAUUACCUGGCUCUGGUCAACAAUCAGAUCAAAGACGUUGUGGAAAAAGUUCAAGCAAAAGUUCCUGGGCUGAAACGCAAAACGGAGUGAAGGAACAGGAAGUCUGAGUUCAGCUUCAGGGAGACCUGAUCAGGAUGGAGGAAGGGAGGGGGUCUGAUAUGAAGGAGGGGGGGAGGCGUGGUGUGGUUGCAGCCCUUAGUGUUUUUGUCAGAUAAAUAAAACUUAACAAUUCCUUUUUUUUGUUUUGUUUUUUCUUCUUCUUUUUUUUCAGAACUUUCAGUCGGCUCGCUGACGUUCGUCUCCUCCGUCGUCGUUUUGUUGAAACUGUUUCAAAUGUUUGUUUCUGUGAGCCAACCGGACUCUCAAACUGCGUUUAAAGUAAACCCCGCCCCUUUUUUACCCAGUGCACAGUGGUCCGAAGCUCCUCCAGCGCAGCUGCUCGUCUAGAUUAUUUCAGAUUAUUUAAAAAAAAUAAAAAUUCUCGUCCCUUAAGCUUCAAGCUCGUUUUGUUUUUCUUGGUGAGCUGCUUCCAACACGUCAAACAGCGUCUUGGGGUCCUGAUGGGGGUGGGGGGGUGGUAAAAUCUUCUUUACUUCUGAGUAACCGUAGGUAGAAACAUCAGAAAAAACAUUAACCUCAUAAUCUUCAUCUCAUCACUGCUGUCUCGUAGAAACUCUGCAACGUUUACAUUCAUCAAAAAACACGUAUUUAAAAACCAACACGUAGGUUUUAGUCGACAGAACCGUCUGUGGAGCCGACGUCUUCAUGAAUUUAAAUCUCGAUGUGACUUUGAGAAACUUUGAUGCAUUUGUUUGUUCUGCAAGUAUAAUUGUGAAAGAUUUAACUUCUUCAUUCAACAGUUGUGACGAUUCAAAGCUCCCAGCGUGGAGUCAUGUUUGUGGAAUGCUUUGUGAGAUGUAAACAGUUAUCAAUAAAGCUUGUAGGUGAAGAAA